GCGAAGCUAACGCUGACAGCGACAGCGACAGCAACGUCGCAGCGCAGAGCAGGCGCAUGCGCAACUUUGGCUUGGCCAGCAGAUCGUCGGCCCGUUCGCUGGUAUCAGUCGGUUUGCAGACUUUCGCGUGUGCGGUCGAAGAAACGAGACUAAAAGAGACUAACAGAUAAAUAGAAUAAAAAAUAAAGAGAGAAAGAAACGAAAAUCUUUUAUAUUUGGACGCGACUUGUUGACAGUUUGAAUUAUGCUGAACGCUGAACGAGUGUGAAAUGUGAGAAGUAGUUCAUACAAAGCGAAUUGAAUGCAUGUGAUUAACAUAAUUAAUAAGUGUAGUGUAAAAAUUAGCAAAAAAAUUAAUAAAGAAAAAAAAACAGUCACGAAAUAUCAAGAAAACAUUCUAACGGCAACAAGGAGCACAGACGCAACAGUUUAACUGGCUCAUUAAGCUAUCAUUGCCUGUGAGCGACAACAAAUCGUUGAACAACCUGUUGAAGAUGCUGCUGCUCCACUUACAUCACUGGCCAUUAGCAUUGGCCAUCACUUCCUGCAUUGUCGCCGCCUCAACAAGCUUCACAACAACAACAACAACAACAACAACAACAACAGCGGCAGCAAGCACGCCAACAAGAAGAACUACAACAACAGCCACAGCAUCCUCCAUACCGGGCAAAUAUCAGGCAUAUGGAAGUCAGCAUCAGCCGAAGAAGCUGCGCGCUGGCAUUGGAGCCGCUGGCAACUCCAGCGGCGUGGAUGCCACUGGCAAUAAGCCAGUAAACCAGUUCCGGCAAAAUCCUAUCAAGAAUUGGUUUGGCGUCUUUAAUCGUAAUAAUUCGCCGCCGGCUCAAGACCAAACAGCGACAUGUUCCUGCAGAUGUGGGGAGCGCAAUGAUGAGUCGAGAAUCGUUGGGGGCACUACAGCUGGCGUCAGCGAGUAUCCCUGGAUGGCCAGACUGAGCUACUUCAAUCGAUUCUACUGCGGUGGCACGCUGAUCAACGAUCGGUAUGUGCUGACGGCGGCGCACUGCGUCAAGGGCUUCAUGUGGUUCAUGAUCAAGGUGACGUUCGGUGAGCAUGACCGAUGCAAUGACAAGGAGCGCCCGGAAACGCGCUUUGUGCUGCGCGCCUUCAGUCAGAAGUUCAGUUUCUCCAACUUUGACAAUGAUAUUGCGCUGCUCCGUCUCAACGAUCGCGUGCCGAUCACCAGCUUCAUCAGACCCAUUUGCUUGCCCCGUGUGGAGCAGCGCAACGAUUUGUUCGUGGGCACGCGCGCCAUUGCCACCGGCUGGGGCACGCUCAAGGAGGAUGGCAAACCCUCCUGCCUGCUGCAGGAGGUGGAGGUGCCAGUGCUCGACAACGAUGAGUGCGUGGCCCAAACGAACUAUACACAAAAAAUGAUCACCAAGAAUAUGAUGUGCUCUGGCUAUCCGGGGGUUGGUGGCCGGGACAGCUGUCAGGGCGACUCUGGUGGUCCUCUGGUGCGUUUGCGUCCCGACGACAAGCGCUUCGAACAGAUCGGCAUCGUCUCCUGGGGCAAUGGAUGCGCACGACCAAGUUAUCCUGGUGUCUAUACAAGGGUCACCAAAUAUCUCGACUGGAUUGUGGAGAACUCACGGGAUGGCUGUUUCUGCGACGAGGAUUACUAGGCACGCGUAUUCCAUUUCAGCUUAGUUAUACUUCUACAUAUAGUCUUAUUGCUAUGCAUAUUUUGUACUUUUAUAUAAAAGAAAACCAUACAAAACAACUGAAUAAAAUUAAUAUUGAAGUAGGU